AUGGGCGAUGUCGUUGAAACUAAGCCAGUAUUAUAUUCAUACUGGCGAAGCUCAUGUUCUUGGCGGGUGCGCAUCGCGCUCAACUUGAAGGAGAUACCAUAUGACAUCAAAGCAGUCAGCCUAAUCAAGGGUGGAGGAGAACAGCACUGUAAUGAGUACCGUGAGGUCAACCCUAUGGAGCAAGUCCCGUCUCUUUGUAUUGAUGGACACACACUCGUGGAGUCUCUAAACAUUAUGCAUUACUUGGAAGAGACCAGACCGAACCAAAGGCCUUUGAUGCCUCAAGACUGCUUCAAACGGGCUAAAGUCCGUGAAAUCUGUGAGGUAAUAUCAUCAGGCAUUCAGCCACUCCAAAACCUGAUAGUCCUCAUCUACGUAGGUGAAGAGAAGAAGAAGGAAUGGGCCCAGCACUGGAUCACUCGAGGCUUCAGAGCUGUGGAGAAGUUACUCUCUGCAUGUGCUGGAAAAUAUUGUGUUGGGGACGAGAUCACACUGGCUGACUGCUGUCUGGUGCCUCAAGUUUUCAAUGCUAGGAGAUUUCAUGUGGACCUGCGCCCCUUCCCAAUUAUUCUGCGUAUCGACCGUGAACUGGAGAACCACCCAGCGUUCCGUGCAGCUCAUCCCUCCUCACAGCCUGACUGCCCGCCAGAAGUCGCUAAAUGA